AUGGAGCUGCUCGCGACAUUCCUCCCAGUGGCCCUGCCAUGUGCCUGCACUGUCGCCCUCGCCCUCAUGCACCUCCUGCGCAUUACGUCGACUCUGGACCAGAUUGAAUCCGACCCAAUGUGCCUCGCCUACAUCUACAUCUCCUUCAUCUUCUACCUGCUCCACUCGAAGCUGGUCACUUGGCUCGGCAACAUCAUCCCCAAGCUCUGCACGAAGGUCGAGCUCAAGACCGAGCAGGCUUACGGCUUCUUCUCAUGGCUCGGCACUACCAUCUGCGUCACCCUCGAAAUAGCAACCCUCAUACCUUUCGCGUUCCGCGCACUCGCUCUCUUCAUCACGGCGGAGCCCAUGCUCGCGGACGCCUUAUCUGAGCGGUUCGAGGUGGCUGCCUGGGUCUUGGGCGUCUUCAGCAUUGUGCUCUUCUUCAUCUCGGCUCAGUGUGUUCCCAGCGGCUUGAUCUACGUUCGCUUCACGGUCGUCUACGCCAUCUUGUUUGCUGUCCCAGCAUACUUGGUCUGGAGCGCUUAUUACAUCGCAUCGUCCUCUGAGGCUCUGGGCAAGGGCUUACGCUCGAGUUGA